UUGCGUUGCCAGGGCGACAGUCAACACCACAGGCCCCACUGCAGCUGGGUGGCCCGGCGGAGCUCGGGGCCAGGGAAUCCCACAGACCCGCAGCAUGGGGAGCCGCCCCAUUCCUGGGCUCCCGCGAACCACACCCACCGCGUCCCGACUGCGCCCCGCUAGGCCGCCUGCCUCAAUUUCCCCGACGGUGCAGGGUGUUGUCGGGGGGCGCCAGGCGCCGGGGUCCCCCCGGGCGGCCUUGGGCGCGCAAGGAGACGAACUAUGGAAAGAGCUCGUGGAGGCGGAGGGGCGCGGGCGGCGGCGAUGGACUGAGAACUGGGGCUUCCUGAAAGACUACGACCCCAUGGGCAACAGGAAGCAGCCCAAGCAGCUGCCGGAGCAGGUGCCUUCCCUCUCGGACACCGUGCCCCACUCCAGCAGCCGGGUGGUGGGCAGCAGGCUGGACACGCCGCUGGGCAGAGACCUGGUCCACAUGGACUUCACAUUCGUGGAAGGGACACGCAGGAAGAGGCCGGGGACCGGGCUGCACCCAGCGUAGGAUGGGGUGCCACCUCGGCAGCGAGCCUUCAGCGCCACGGUCCCGCACGCACCACCUCAGCUCACCCUCUCGGGCUGCGUUUCUGUGCCCCGUGGGCGAGGAGACCAGAGAAGUCAAGUCAUCUCGGAAGUCACACAGUUGGCUGCGGUGGAGCUGGGGUUCGAACUCGAGUUCGGCUCCAGGAACCCCAGGACUGAGCAGAGGCCGAACCUGAGGCAGCUGAGCGCCAGUGACUGUCAGCCGAGCUGCAGAUGGCUGUAGGCAUUUUUGCUUAAAAACCCUCUCUCUCUCUCCGGCCCUUUAUGGAGACGGGUUCUCUAAGUCACUAAGUUGGCCAGCCUGUGCUGGAGCUUGGGAUCCUCCUGCCUCAGCCUCCCAGAGUGCGGGGAUGACGGGCUUGCGCCACCACGCGGGGCCGGGGGUGGGUGGGUUCUGCCCCAAGGUUCCUCGGUCCCCAGCGAUGCCAGUGACCUCGCCACGCCAUUCCGGCUCGCGGGGCCCUGUCUGCGGCUGGGCAGACCGGGCUGCAGCUGCGCGCUGGGAGGGGACCCGGCCUGCGCGUUCUGGCCACGCGGGGGUGGCUUGGGUGGCCGGAGACUCCCCGCGACCUCCUCCAACAGGAGGUCUCUGCCCUCACCUUCCCCACCCAGCCGGAGCCGGGGAUGGAGGCCCAGGACCGGCGGACUCGGGCCGAGGGGGCGGGGCCAAACCGGGUGCGGGGACGCCGCUAGCAGUACCGCUCCACACCGGGGAUGCUCAAACGUGUCCCGGUAAAGUUACAAACAAUAAAUAAAAAGGCUGAGGAUGCGCCUCAGUGCAAAGGCUCAAUCCGUAGUCUCCUCCCCCCCCAAAAUCCCAACAGGACAGUUGGUCCCUCGGCGAAGGGUGCGAGUCGCCCUCUG